GUGUUUACGUGGAGAACAUGGCGGCGGAGAUGUGGCUGUAGCGAGGAGUCUGCUCCUAAUGCGAGUUCGUCGCAGUGAUUUGACACCAUUACCAAACAAAUUUAAUGUCAACAGACAGACACUUUCCCCACAGACUCUGGGCGUAUUCGCUGACACUUCGCAUGAAGCCCCUUUCCUCUUCUCUCAGCCACAGGGACAACGGUAAUGGAAGACGAGGAGAGGCAAAAGAAGCUCGAGGCCGGCAAAGCAAAGUUGGCUGAGUACCGGCAGAGGAAAGCUCAUGCCGACAGACAGAAGAAGAAGAAGAAAAAGAGGAGAGAAACAGACGACAACCCGGGUGGAGAUGGACCGGGGAGAGGGGAGGCCGAGCAGGAGUUAGAUCAGUCAGUGGGGGAGGGGAAUGGGGGGGGGGUAGGAGGAGGAAGAGGGGAACUGGACCCCCCUACCACAGAGUUUACCUUCGCCAGGACCCUGCACAGUGGUGAGACGGUCAAACACGACCAGACGUACACCAUAGAGCCAGAUAGUGAAGUGUCCACCACAGCCGAAGACUACUCCUCCGAGGUGAAUGGCUGCCUUGAGAUGACCGAGAACCCAAUGGAGACUUACAAGGAGUUUUUCUGGGAGGAAGUGGGCUCUGUUCAGCAGGAGGCAAGGGGUGGAAGUGUACAGGUCAUGGAGGAAGAGCUGGCUGCCAAGACUCUUGCGGUAGAGGAGCUGAGCCGAGAGCUGGAGGAAUUUAGAGUGGCUUUCGGCUCAGAGGGGGUACAACAGCUGCAGGACUUCAAGGAUGCCUUAAAGCAGCGAGACGGCAUCAUCACCCAACUCACAGCCAAUCUGCAGCAGUCUCGCAAAGAGAAGGACGAGGUCAUGAGGGAGUUCUUGGAGAUGACUGAGCAGAGCCAGAAACUGCACAUUCAGUUCCAGCAGCUGCAGGCAGGCGAGACACUGAGGAACACCAGCCACAGCAGCACAGCGCAGGACCUCCUGCAGGCCAAGCAGCAGCUCGUCCAAUACCAGCAGCAGCUGGAGGAGAUGGAUGGCCAGGUCAGAGCGCACCAAAUGAUGAGCAAGGAGCAUCUGCUGCAUGUCAGCCAGCUCCAGCACCGGCUCAACGAGUCUGAGAUGGUGGGAAGAAGAACAGAAGAAUCAUUUGCACAAAGGUUAAAUGAGAAAGACCUGGUGAUUUCGGAACAAACUGCAAUAAUAACAGAACAUGAGCGUACACUGACCAUGCUCAAGGUGGAGCUUACACAGGUGGGAAGGAUGACUGAGGAGACUUUUGCACAGAAGAUGAACGAGAAAGAACUGCUGAUUGCCGAGCAGGAGAGAGUCAUGUCAGAACAUGACUCCUCCCUCCACCAGCUAAAGGGUGAGUUGACGGCCUCUGAGAAAUGCUUGAACGGCCUCAACCAGCAAAUGUCCUCAAAGGCUCAAGAGCUGGAGAGCUGUAAGAGGGACUUGGAUAACUGUAAGAGGGACUUAGAGAGCACUAAGAGUGAGUUGGAUAGCUGUAGGGUUGAGCUGGAGAGCAGUAAGGGUGAGUUGGAUAGCUGUAGGGUUGAGCUGGAGAGCAGUAAGGGUGAGUUGGAUAGCUGUAGGGUUGAGCUGGAGUCAAGCAGGUGCGAACUCUCAGCCUCUAGGCAGAAGGAGCGGAUGUCCUCCAGUGAAAUCCAGCAGCUAAUGGGCACUGUGGAAGAUCUCCAGAAGCGAUGCCAUCAGGGGAGCCUGUCAGAGAGCGACACCUUCCAGAGAAUGGAAGAGGACUCAGCCCGCAGGCUGGAGCAUCUUCGGGCAGAGCUAGAUGAGAUGUACGGUGAGCAGAUCGUCCAGAUGAAGCUGGAACUUCGUUUGCAGCACUCUGCGGCCCUGGAGCAGGUCACGGAGCAGCAUCGCGAAGAUCUAGCACUUCUAAGAGCUCAGCAAUCCGCACCCAGUCCCGAGUUGGUGAUCGAGCUUAAGGGCAAGAUCGCAGAGCUUCAGCAGAGGCUCCAAGAGGCCCAGGCUCUCCAUGAGAAGGCCAGACAGGAGCUGACCCAGGUGGCGCAGGAGAAGCUCAACCUCCAGGGUCAGGUGACUGACCUGCUCCAGGACCUCCGCUCAGCCCAUGCCAAAAUGGAGCAGGCCUCCCAGAACUUUGCUGUCCAUGAGCGUUGUCGGGGUGAGCUGCAGCGCUUCCAGGAAACCAUCGAUGACCUGAAGGCCCAGCUAGCCGCCACUGCAGAGUCUGCAGGAGAGAUUGAGGCCAAGCACGAGUCGGAGACAACCAACUACAAGAUCAAACUGGAGAUGAUGGAGCGUGAGAAGGAUGCGGUGCUGGACCGCAUGGCAGAGUCACAGGAGUCGGAACUGGAGAGGCUGAGGACAAAGCUCCUCUUCAGCCACGAGGAGGAGCUCAUUCUCCUUCGGGAGGACCUCCAGAGGGAAAGCCAUCUCAACGCUGAGAACCUCCUCAACGAGGCAUCCAUUCGGCACAGCCGAGCCCUGGAGGAACUGCGGAACGGUUACGAGGUCAAGCGGGACGAGCUGUUACACCAAAUUGUUGCACUGAAAGACGACCUAAAGAUGGCACUGCACAGCUCAAAUGCCGAAGAGCUGGUGGCGCAACUCAAGGAACUUCAGUUGGAGGUUGAGGAACUGAGAAAGCGUGGAGAAGAAAGUGUCAGAAUGGAAAGGGAAAUCCAAAUGCUGUUGAAAAAGAAUGAGUUGCUAGAAAAUGAGUCCAAGGAGAGAGAAAAGAGCUGGGACAACAAAUGGAGGGGGCAGGAGUCAGAACAUAGGGUUUUGAUAGAAUCCAACAACGCCAUGAAAGAGGAAGUGGAGUCCAAGACGAAAAAAUUUAAAUCCCUCACCACAGAAAAUGAACAAAAGCAGCAACAAGUUGUAGAGUUGCAAGAGGAGAUUGAAAAGCAAAGGAACACAUUCUCUUUUGCCGAAAAGAACUUUGAGGUGAACUAUCAGGAGCUCAAGGAGGAGUACACGUGCCUUGUUGAGGUAAAGGCGCAGUUGGAAGAGAGGAUUCUCAAGGAGACACUUGUGUUUGAGUCUCAACUUGCCAGCCUUCAGUCGCAGAUUCAGGAGCUGAGGGAGAGCAAGGAAAAUAGCCAAAUGGAGAACAACGGCGAUGCUUCGAUAGAGAAAGACACUACUGAGCUGAUGGAGAAGCUGAAGGUAUCUUUGACAGAAAAGGAGGAACUGGCUGUGAGGCUGUCUGAAGUUACCGAGCAGCUGACUGUUACAGAAGGCGAAUUGGAUGAGCUGGAAGGAGAGCUCAGUCAGGUCAAGAGAGAAAACAAAGAGGUCAUUGCUCAAAACGAAAACCUUGAGGAAGAGCUCGAAAGAGAGCGGGAGACUCUGAAGGAGAGAAAGGGAGAGAUGGAACUGCAGAGAGAGGAGGGAGGGAGAGCUGCUCAGAGCCAAGCACAUCUCCAACAGAGAGAGCAGCCUGUUCAGUCUGCAGCCCUAGCUUGCUCCAUCAAGGAUCAUCAUCUCCAGAUCGAAUCUCUCCAAGGGGAGGUAGAGGUGCUCCGCUCCUCCUUACAGGCCGCCGAAAUAGAGCGAGAUCGUCUCCGACACACCCCGGAGGCUCGGCACCAGAGCCAAACACUCGUUCCGUCUGCAGCCCCAUCUCAGGUCUCGACUGUGGGGGAGGGACCUGUUGAGCAUAGCUCCGCUGUAGAGCCUUCAGCCUCUGGGUCAGACAGGCGCAAGACACAGCAGCGGCGAGGCAAGAAGAAACGCCAGAGCUCUGCCCAGUCAAAAGAGAAGAGAGAGAAGGAGGAGGUGGUGGAGAGAAACAAAGCUGGAGGGUCUACUGCUGCAGCAGAGCGGGAGUCGCGGGCUCAGGUGGAGAGCCAGGUUCCGUCGAGCUCACAGCAGAGGACCGGGGAGGAGGACUCCAGCGUCGGGUACCACGGAGAGCGAGACGACAUUGGGAAGCAGGGGAAGAGAGUAGAUGGGAUGGAGUGUCGGGCCGACCAUGUAGCGAAGCGAGAGGAGGACGACAGGGACAACGAGACGAUAGAGCAUGUGGAGUGCAGGCUGCAGCUGGAGGCCCAGCGGAUCAGCCUGUCUCAGAUACACGCUGCGCAGCUGGAGCUGCUCCGGGAGCAGACAGACGCCCGUGCCUGCGUACUUGAGCUGGGCCGCCUCAAAGAACCAAGGGACUUCACAGAUGAUCCCAAAAGCUCCAAGUACCAGAAUGUGGUGCAAAUUGUGUCUGAAGAAUGCAAGCAGCUCAUCCUGUCCUAUGCUAAACUUUUCGGAGAGGAAGUCUUGGAGUAUCUCCACCCCACUGAUGUCGAGGACUGGACGAUUCAUUCGUUUGAAAAGGAAGAAACCAGGGAUCCCAGUGCUGUUUUACAGGAUGCAAAGGAAAUGUGUAGAGACCUUCAGCAGGUGAAGGAGAGGAUUGAGCAGGAGCAUGGUCGUCUACUACAGCUCCAGUCCUUACUGAAGGCAGAUGGCAAUACGAUUGAGGUGAUACAGCUGGGGUACAAUGAUCUGAAGCGCAGCAGUCAGGAGGAGAUCGCCAGCCUGCGCAAGAUUAUCGACAGCUCUAUUACUUCCACACACGGCCUCGAUGAUCGGAGGGAGCUGACCACUGCCUCGCCCUCCUCCCACACUGCUGAGGACGUCCAGAAGUUGAGGGCCGACGUCCAGCAGCAGCGGGCCCAGCUGGAGGAUUGCCACAGACUGGAGGUGGAGCACCUUAGGGCCUACUACCAGCAGCAGGCCAAAGAGACAGAGGAGCGCUACUCUACCGAACUCCUAGUGCUACAGCAGCACCUUGAUGAGGUCACAGGCACUGAGGCCCAGUUCAGCCUGUCCAGUGCUGCCCAGCUUGGCUUUCGGACAGAGGAAGAGGAUGCAGAGGAACUAAAGCUGGUGGAGGAGGAGGCGUUGUUGGUGGGCCUGGGUGCGGAGCUACGCGGGCCGGCAACAUCAAUGAGCCUGACGGCGCAGCUGCAGGCGCUGAGGAGAGCGCUCUACCACAAGUACCUCCAGGAGGUGGCCGCGCUGAAGGAGCAACACUGUGCCGAGCUCACCAGACUCAGAGAUGAGAGGGAGCAGGAAAAGAGAGAGAAGGGGAGGGAGGAGGUGUGGUCACAGGUGAAGCAGGAUCCAGAGGGCAUCAACGGGGGUGUCCGCUCUAUCGAAGGGCCCAGCGCGGAGGAGAGGAGACACCAGGAGAGGGUGGAGGAAGAGAUAGCUAAGGUCAUAGUUCAGAUGUCGGUGGAGUUUGCCCAGCAGAGCGAAUUGGCCCGAAUCUCUAAGAGCGCCCGCGAGACAACCUCGGCCAUGCAGACCCAAUCUGAGGAGGAAGAGGAGCAGCAGACCACCAGGAGCUCACUCGCCAAGGGGAUCUCUCCGGAGGCGGUGGAGGACAAAGAGAUGCUGGAGAGAGAGCUGGAAGGGAGGACUGCGGAGCUCCGUAGGAUUGAAGCGCAGCUUUGGCACGGAGGUCCUGGAUCUGAGCAGAAGAGCGGAGAUGAGGAAGAAGGAGAGGAAGAUGAAGAGGUCAGGAGGAAGAUGGCAGUGAGUGGAAUGGUUUCGUCACAAGUUGGAGGGGAUGGCUCUUCCUGUCCAGAUCAUCAGGUCAUCACUACUGAGAGGAAUCUGCUGCGUAAGGCCAACGAGAGCCUCCGCCAGGUGCUGAGUGAUGUGCUCAAGACCACAGCGGCCGCUGAGGAGACCAUUGGACGCCACGUGGAGGGGCUGCUUGUACCCCCGUCCUCCUCACAGAAACGCACCUGGCAGAGAGCUGCUGGCGAGCCCUUCAGGCCUGCCACAGGGGCUGCGGGAGAUGCGUCGGCGACUGAGAGUUGCCAGGGAAGCGAGCCUGGGGUGGACGACGUGAGCGUGUGGUCGGGCGAGACGGAGACGGACGAGGGCCUGGAAAUGUCCCAGCAGAUGAUGACAGACAGUCACAGCCUGUUGCCGGAGCUUCAGCUGGAGAACGAGGAGUACCUCAUGAAUAUUAGCUCCCGCCUCCAGGCUGCCGUGGAGAAACUGCUGGUGGCCAUUACUGAGACGACCAAUCAGCUGGAACAUGCACGCGUCACCCAGACGGAGCUGAUGCGCGAGUCCUUCCGCCACAACCAGGAGAUGGGCGAUCUGCUGCGGCGGCAGGAGGAUCUGCAGGAGAGACUGGUGGAGGAGGGGCGUGCCCGCGAGCAGCUGGCCCUGGAGCUCCACAGGGCUGAGGGUCUGAUCGAUGGCUACACAGGUGAGCGUGCUGCGCUGGAGGAGCAGGUGCGUCAGAAGGAGGAACUACAGCUAAGCCUGGAGCAGGAGCUGCAGGUGACGAGCAGCCGCCUACACGAACUGGAGCAGGAGAGGCUGCAGAUGCAGGAAGAGCGUGAGAUACUGUCACGGCAACAGGACGCCAUGAGGGAGCAUGCCGGCCCCCGCGAGUUACGCCUAGUUGAAGCUGCAGUCGAUGCAGCACCUGAAGCAGACCUCCUGGAGGAGACAGAGAAGCUGAUGGCUGAGAAGGUAGAGGUGCAGCGGCAGGCGGAGAAGGAGAGCCUGGACCUUCUGCACCAGGUGAAAACACUGGAGGCUGAGCUGGAGGAGCAGAUCAACCGGGUCAUCGAGCUGGAGCAUGCCCGCAAGACUGAGAGCGGCGACCUGCUGCAGCAGAUCCAGGCUCUGGAGAAACAACUGGAAAAGAAUCGGAGGUUCCUGGAUGAGCAGGCCGUUGACCGGGAACAUGAGAGGGACGUCUUCCAGCAGGAGAUCUUGAAACUGGAGCAGCAGCUGAAGAACAGCCAGAAGCAGCAGCCCGGCUCUGAGCAAAGAAGCAGAGAGGUGGACCAGCUGACCCAGCAGCUGAGGGAGAAGGCGGACUGGUGCAGCGAGCUGCUGCUGACGUCCGAACAGCUGCAGCGCGAGGUGGGCGAGCGCAACGAGGAGAUUGACAAGCUGGAGGGUCGCAUCCGCGAGCUGGAGCAGGCGCUGCUGGCCAGCACCGAGACGGUGGAUGAUAAGAGGCAGCAUGUGUCUGUUCGUGAGCUUGGGGACUCAUCACUGGAGGCUCAGCUACAGACUGAAAGAGAGGCUCUGGACAGGAAAGAGAAAGAGAUCAGUAACCUGGAGGAGCAGCUGGAGCAGUUCCGGGAGGAGCUGGAGAACAAGAGUGAUGAGGUGCAGCAGCUCCACAUGCAGCUGGAGAUCCAGAGGAAGGAGCUGAGCACCCAGCAGCAAGACCUGGAGACCAAGGACCGCCUGCUCCAGGAAAUCAACGCGAGGGACGAACUACUGUGGGAGCUGGAGUCCCAGGUGGAGUGCAUGCGGAGCGAGCAGCAGCGCCUGAAGAAGAACAGCGAGGAGGAGCUGGAGCAGCUAAACGCCGUCAUCGACAAGCUCCAGGAGGAGCUAGCCAACAUCGAGCGGAAGCAAUCCUCGGAGACGGAUGAGGAGCUCAAGGGGCAGUUUGAGAGCCAGGUCGGAGGUCCCAGCAAGGAAGAGUACGACGAAAUGAAGCAAAAGAUGGACCUGGCCAAACUAGAGCUGGACACCAUCAAAGCCGAGCAAUGCAUGCUCCUGGAGAGGUACCGGUACUUGCAGGAGAGCAGGCUAGCAUUAGCCGAAUCGGAAAAGGAGCAGUCGGACGACACCGCGAUGGAGCUGCAAGAUGCCCUSAGGGAMAAGACMGCYGKAUURMUYGUGGUGCAGGCUCAGAUCCAGGCGUUGGAGCAGAGCGCCACCUCCAGGUUGGAGGAGCUAAGCCUUCGCGUCCAGGAACUUGAAGCCUGUGUCAGAGAAAGGGAUUCUGAACUGAUCCGCUGCCGGUUCCUGGUGGAGCYMGCCCAGGAGGAUGCWGACGASCUCCAGCGCAAGGUCCAGGACCUGGAGGACAAGCUGAGGGAGAGGGUGGCGGCCGCGCUUGUCAGCCAGGCCCAACUGGGCGCCGUCCAGCAACAGUCGCAUCAAUCGCAGGAGUCCAAGGGCCAGAGAACCAAAGAAUUCGGCCACAAGGAUCCCCAGGGACAGAUGGAGGUACUCGACUUUGGGUUUGCAGGAAUGUCCCGAGCAGCGGAGAUCCAAGGAGCCAAACAGGGCCCCACAGGGAAGGUGGUCCUCCUGACGGAGAAGCUCCGCGAGCUGGAGGUGGGCCUGAGUGGCAUACAGAAGGACCAGGAGCUGCAGAAGCAGCUGCUCUCCAGUUCCGAGGAGGAGGUGCUGGAGUACGAGAAGAGGCUGGUCAUGCUCAUGGAUUUGCUCAAUCAGAUGAGGACGACCAAGCCUGGUGGAUACCAGAGAACGUUUCCGGCCGAAGAGACUCCAUCUUCUGGAGGAAACGAGCCGGCUGUAUCUGGGAUGAUACAGGAACUACAGGAGGUCAGGGACGAGGCUUCAGCCACCAAAGCACAGCUCAGCAGUUACAGGGAGAACAGCAAUAAACUCCAGCAGGAGCUCAAGGCAAAAGAGGUCGCAAUGGCCAUCCUUCAAGAAGACCUUCAAAGGCAGGUGUCAUCUGGAGGCGGUGAGGCCAAGGUGUCUGAACUCCAUCGGGAGCUGAAGGAGGUCAAAGAGCAGGCCGCUGCCACCAAAGAGGAGCUCAACAGCUACAGGGAACGCUGUGACAAACUACAGGAGCUGCUACAGGAGAGAGAGAUGACCAUAGCACAUCUCAAGGGAGAACUCCACCGGGCCUCAUCGGAAGGUGACGGUGCCACCGCGUCUAAGCUUCUCCAAGAGCUCCAGGAGGUCCGAGAAGAGGCAGCUGCUACCAAAGAACACCUGAACAGCUUCAAGGAGUGCAGCGAUAAACUCCAGAACGAACUCCAAGUCCGCGACCUGUCCAUUGCACAGCUUCAAGAGGAGCUCCAACAGCUCAGAGUAGCCUUGGCGAAAACCACAGAGUCACCGUCACCACUAUUCCCCCUAUCACCAUCUCAGUCUCCCUCACCCCAGCAGCAGCAGCCGGUACCAGCCUCCAAUCCGAAAAAGAAAGGAGUCAAACCGCAAGACCACCGCCAUGGAGCCAAGGGAAAAAUGGCCGCCACUGCCAAAGACAAACCAUCGCACUCCAGGAAGAUCUCUGCCGCGGAGAACCAAAUGUUCUCCGACAAAUCGUCUGGUCUUAAUGUAUCUCAACGUCUGCCUCGUACAGAUGCUGGCACCCAGACGGAGACCUUUUCCUCCCAGACAUCUGACCAGCCCAGGUCUGUGUCAGAGGAGGAGGUGGAGGAGAUGAUCGGGGAGUACCAGGAGAAGAUCGUACAGAUGCAGGAGCUGCAUGCGGCGGAGAUCCUGGACAUGGAGGCCCGGCACAUCGCAGAGAGCGAGGCCCUGAAGAGGGACGCUCAGAUGCUGGAGGAGGAGUGUAGGGCUCUCAAGACUGUCAUCGAGAAGCUGCACCGCUCUCAUGAGGCCCCCUCAUCGAGACCAGAGCGUCCCGCAGGAUCGCAAUUCAAAGACGGCUACACCAGUGACAGCAGUUCUGAAUGGAGUCAGCGUACAGGCUAUGACCUGCCUAAUCUGCAGCAGGAGUUCAGGACCACGCCAGAGGGAGCCAGGAAAGAGACAGACGAUGCACUGCCUGACAGAAUUAAGAACCUGCUCCGCGAGGUGCAUCAGGAGGGUAUGCAGGUGCUGUCCCUGUCGGAGCUGCCAAUCCCAGAGGGCGAGGCUGACCCAGCCAGCCUGAUCCACCAUGCCCAGGGCUGGCCCAAAGAGAGAGGGGCCUUGCUGGCCACUGUGGAGUCCCUCAAGGCCCUCAUUUCCCAGAUGCAGACACACAGCAGGGAAACACAGACUCCAGGUAGUGCGGACUGGCGUGGAGAGCUGCUGGGGGCAGUGCAGCAGGUGUUUGUGAGGGAGCGGAGUGUGCUGAAGAGCACCCUCUAUGCCCGUCUGGACCAGCUGGACACUAGCGACGCUGUCAUCCACCUCAACCAUCUGGAGCACAGGCUAGCCGAGCAGGAUGCCCAUCACAGGGAUGCCAUGGGGAUGCUGCAGGCUGCAGACAGAAGCAGUUUGCUGACAGAGGUCCGGCAGCUCCGGGCCCAGCUACAACAAAUCCAAGCCCAGGAGCCUGGCAGAUCCAAUCAAGGUGUUCAGCCCAGUGUUCAGCCUGGUGUUGAGCAGCAGAGGGAGAGAGGAGCCCCUCAGGCUGGAUUGUGUGGCGUUCAGGAGCCCCCCACACUGCAGCAGGCUGACAGGGCUCUGCUGGAGGAGCUGAAGGGAGAGCUGGCCCAAACCAAACUAGAGCUGGAGACCACGCUCCAGGCCCAGCAAAAACACCUGAAGGAGCUGGACACAGUCAGAACGGAGGUGUCACAGAAGGCUGCUGAGGUGGACACCCUGACGGACAGACUGGCAGACGAACAGAAGAAAGCCAGAGAGAUGCAGUGGGCCUUCGAGAAGGAGAAGUGUAAAUCUGACAAGAAAGAGGAGCUGGAGAGCGAGGAGCUGGAGGAUCUAAAACUGGCCCUGGAGGAGCAGCAGAGUCACGUAGCCCAGCUGACCUCAGCCCUAGACCAGGAGCGCCAGUCCACCUCCCAGCUUUCCGUCCAGGCCGAACAGGAGCUCUCAAGGCUGCAGACCCAGGCCUCACAGCUCCACAUCCAACUAGAGUCAGAGCGAGCCCGGGCCCAGGAGCUGAGUAGCGCCCUGGGGAGAGAGAAGGAGCUCCGCCAGCACGGCUCCUCCUGGAGUGAAAGCCCAGAGAGGAAGGGGGCUGAGAGUGGGGAGGAUGAAGUGGUGGGAGGGGCGAUGUCAUCCGAAGCUCUUCUGGAGGGACUGCGGAGGGAGAUGGACAAGAAGCAUGCUCAGGUGGUUAGUCUGCUGGACGAGGUGGAGGCCCAGAAGCUGGAGGCUGUGGGACGGGAGCAGGAGCUGACCUCGGCAGCUCAGAGGUCAUGCCAGGACCAGGAGGCUCUUCGGGAGACAAGGGGCCAGCUGGAAAGCCUGGGGGAGCAGGCGCGGGACACCAUGGCGCAGCUGGUGAGAGAGGUGCAGCAGGGGAAGCGACUGGAGCAAGAGAAGGAGAGGCUGCAGGAGAAAGUGGUCCGGCUGGGAGAGAUGAGAGGGGGGGAGAUGGUCGGAAGCGGGACGCAGCAGCAGCCUGAUAACCAAAACCAGGCUGUGUGGCAGGGCAUUCCCACCGACCGGACCAGAGACUGGGUGUUCCAGCAGAAGCCUGGCGACAUGCUUACUAUCGAAUCCAGCGCGCCUUCCCUCCUUGAGGUCACUGGGACAGGGGGCAACCUCGCCCCCCACCAUAACCCAAAACACUCAGACAAGGUCUUGGGCAAACUGCAGCUCAUCGCAGCCAAGAUCCGAACCAUGGUCAGCAAGGGCUCUGGCAGGCUGACUACGGAGGUGGACAGUGAAGGGCUGUCGUGGCUGCAGACCAAUAUUGAUGAGGUCAUCACUAUGCUGCAGCAGUUCCCAGCACUCCCCUUGGUCCCUGAGAGCACCGCCCAACUGGCGGGAGGCCAGUCCAGCUCCCUGACAGAGCGGCUGCUGAGGCAGAAUGCUGAGCUCACUGGCUUCGUCAGCCGUCUGACAGAGGAGAAGAACGAUCUGCGCAACCAGGUCCUCCGCCUGGAAGAUGAGCUUCGACGCUACCGCCAGGCUGGUCUGGGAUCAGGGGACAGCUCCAGCAGGAGAGGCGGCGUGGACAAGCAGCAGGAGGCGGCCAGCCUUCUGUUCUCGUCGGAGCGCGAGUCCUGGACCAGGGAGAGGAGCCGGCUGGAGAAGGGCCUGCGUCUAGCCCAGGCCGAGGUGACCCGACUCAAGGGAGAGAUCCGGACAGAGUCCCUCAGAGACAUGACCGGACCGGACACAGACAACGCCACACUGAAGAGGAUGUAUGGCAAGUACCUGCGCUCCGAGAGUUUCCGCAAGGCCCUCAUCUACCAGAAGAAGUACCUGCUGCUGCUGCUCGGCGGCUUCCAGGAGUGUGAGGAAGCCACGCUGUCGCUUAUUGCUCGCAUGGGCGGCCGGCCCUCCGACUGCAGCCUGGAGUCCCCGACGCAGCACCGCCGAGGGCUGACGCGCUUCCGCUCGGCUGUCCGCGUCUCCAUCGCCCUCUCCAGAAUGCGUUUCCUGGUCAAGCGAUGGCAUAAAUCUACGGGGAUGAGGUCCAUAACAUCUGGCAACGUGAACAGAAACGGUCUGGGACAGUCACCAGGUAUCGAGGUGAGGACAGACUCACCCUACCUGCAUCCAGCAGGCAGUGUGGAGGUGUACGGGGAAAUCAGAGGGGCCAGCAGGGGGCGCACUGGACGAGACUCCCCCAGUUCCGCCCUUUCCUCUGCACAACACAGGUUCCACAUGGCUGGGGACCCUCUGACCUGCUCUCACCUCCAGAACUACGACCCUGACCGAGCGCUCACCGACUACAUCUCCAGACUGGAGGCCCUGCAGAGGAGACUGGGGAGCGUGCAAUCAGGUUCUUCUUCAUAUGCUCAAUUGCACUUUGGAAUAAGAAGAUAGAAGUCUAUAAUUUACAUUGAAACUGUCUUGAAGAAACUGUUGCCUUUUCUUGUGCUGAGCUUUGGUAUUUUGUAUCAUUCUGCUGUGUACAGUAUAUAUAUUACGUGGGGACCAAAAAACAAUUUUUUUGUGUGUGGACAUCUUAUAAUCAAGCUUUUUGUCGCCAGCACUUGAAACAGCUUCUAUGUUUGUAAACUUUGGUCUGCCUCUUUGUUGUGGAUAAACACAAUCACGUUAAAUGUAUAUUUGUGGAAUGCUAAUUUAAACAAAAAACAUUGAUUAACUUAAUUUAUACUGUGUAUGUUACUUUGUGUGGGUGGAAGAAUAUGUAGAGCAGGCUUCGCCGGAAAACUCCAGUCCUGGAGACGUACCGGGUGGGUGUGCAGGUCUUUGCUCCGGCCCAGCUCUAACACACCUGAUUUAAAGUAACCGUGGUUUCUUAAACGGAAGACCAUGAUUGGUUGAUUUAUUGGAAAUUGUUGUUAGUGCCGGGCUGGCACGCCCAGUAGCUCUCCAAGACGGGAAUUAGGAGAACUCUUGACAUGGAGAAUGUUUGACUUUACUGUUGAGGAGGCUGCUACAGGAUCUAUAUACACUACACUGUGUUUUAUUAGAAUGGUUGUUUGGACAGACUACAAUUUGUAGAAGACAUAUUUUUGUAAAGGUAGGAGCUUUGAAUUUUCUGGGUAUUUUGUUAAAAAUUUAAUUAAAGAUGCAUUUUAACACUUGAAA